AUGACAAAAUUGUUCACAUUCCCGUUUCGGUCCGCGGCACCACCACCGCCCGAGAAAAUGGCCGUCCACACCCACCAGUACGGCGAGUCGACGCCGCUCAUCCGUGCAUCCCGCGCCGCUGCCCUCGCCGAGCAGCGUCGCCGGCGCGAGAACCAGACCUGCCGCCGCUUCUUCAUCAUCGCCACCUCGUGCAUCGCCCUCUGGGGCCUCUUCUCCUUCUUCUUCCAGGUCUUUUUCGUCUGGCCCUACCACUACCACCGCUCCCACGACGGCCGCCACUCGGCCACCGACGUCGACGGCAAGAUCCUGACCUACGACGAGCUCAAGACCAUUCUGCUCGACACGCCCGACGCCGACAAGGCCCGUGAAUGGAGCCAGUACUACACCGCCGGCGCUCACUUGGCCGGCAAGAACUUUUCGCAGGCCGACUGGACUCGAGAAAAGUGGGAGUCUUGGGGCGUCCCCUCUAGCAUUGUCCCCUACGAUGUCUACAUCAACUACCCCGUCGACCACAGUCUGUCCAUGCUGGAAAAGACCAAGGGCCACUCCGGCGCCUGGGACGUCGCCUUCAAAGCCUCCCUCACCGAGGAUGUUCUCGAGGAAGAUCCCACCAGCGGCUCCAAGGACAGCAUCCCGACCUUUCACGGCUACUCGGCCAGCGGCAACGUGACCGGCCAGUUCGUCUACGUCAACUAUGGCACCUACGCUGACUACGAAGACCUGGUCCACGCCGGCAUCGACCUCGUCGGCAAGAUUGCCAUUGCCAAGUACGGCGGCAUCUUCCGCGGCCUCAAGAUCAAGCGCGCGCAGGAGCUCGGCAUGGUCGGCGUGCUCAUCUACAGCGACCCGGGCGACGACGGCGAGCGUACCGAGCAAAACGGCUACGAAGUGUACCCCGACGGCCCCGCGCGGCAGCCCAGCAGCGUCCAGCGCGGCAGCGUCCAGUUCCUCAGCAUCCGGCCCGGCGACCCGACCACGCCUGGCUACCCGUCCAAGCCCGGUGCGCCGCGCGCGCCCGCCCGCGACUCCACGCCCUCGAUUCCCUCGAUCCCCAUCUCCUACGCCGACGCCCUGCCGCUCCUCAAGGCGCUCAACGGCCACGGCCCCAAGGCGAGCGAUUUUGGCAACCCCUGGACGAGAAACCUCGGCCUCUCCUACAAGGGCGUCGAGUACAACAUCGGCCCAUCGCCGGCCCACCUCGUCCUCAACCUGUACAAUGAGCAAGAAUACGUCACAACCCCUCAGUGGGACGUUAUUGGCAUCGUCAACGGCACCGUCCCCAACGAGGUCAUAAUCAUCGGCAACCACCGCGACGCCUGGAUUGUAGGUGGCGCCGGCGACCCUAACAGCGGUUCCGCCGUGCUCAACGAAGUCGUCCGCAGCGUCGGCGUCGCCCUCGAGGCGGGCUGGCAGCCGCACCGCACCAUUGUCUUUGCCUCGUGGGACGGCGAGGAGUACGGCCUCAUCGGCAGCACCGAGUGGGUGGAGGAGUACCUGCCCUGGAUCGACGACGCCAACGUCGCCUACAUCAACGUUGACGUGGGCGCCGGGGGCCCCGUCUUCCAGGCCUCGGCCGCGCCGCUCCUCAACCAGGUGCUGCGCGACGCCACGGCCCUCGUGCCCUCGGCCAACCAGACGGUCGAGGGCCAGACCAUCGGCGACGUCUGGGACGGCCGCAUCAGCACCAUGGGCAGCGGCAGCGACUUCACCGCCUUCCAGGACUACGCGGGCGUGCCGUGCAUCGACAUGGGCUUCAAGAGCGGGCCCAGCGACCCCGUCUACCACUACCACUCCAACUACGACAGCUUCUGGUGGAUGGAGAAUUACGGCGACCCGGGCUUCCGCUACCACCGCAGCAUGGCCCAGCUCCUCGGCAUCGUCGUCGCCGAGCUCGCCGAGAACCUCGUCAUCCCCUUCCAGGCCGCCGAGUACGUCGAUGCCCUAGGCACCUACCUCGACCAGGUCGAGAACAAGCUGCGCCGCUACCAAAACAGCGACGGUGACGACGACGACAACAACGACAGCAGUGACCAUGUCAGCAGCAUCGAGGACAUGGACGACGAGGCGCUGUUCCUCGAGCGCGGCCGCGCCGCCGCCUUCCACGCCUCGACGACCGACGAUGUGGUGCGGGGCAACGCGGACGCCUUCUGGACCAGCCUCAAGGACAUGCGCCUGUCGCUGGCGCGCUUCCGCAUCGUCGCCAGCGAGCUCGACGAGCAGGCCGAGCGUGCGCGCGAGGCCCUCGACCACGGCAUGCCGUGGUGGAACAUUGUCGGCAAGAUCCGCCUCGGCGUCACCAUCCUCGUCGUCAACCACAAGUACAAGGAGCUCGAGCGCCACUUUCUGUUCGAGGGCGGCCUCGACGGCCGCAGCUGGUUCAAGCACGUCGUCUUCGCGCCCGGUCUGUGGACCGGCUACGCUGGUGCCGUGUACCCGGGACUGAUGGAGAGCAUCGACGCCAAGGACUACAGCAACGGCCUCAAGUGGUCGGGCAUCAUCAACAAGUGCAUUCGCAGGGCGACCAAGAGCCUCCAGUAA